AUGGCGAUAGCAGAAAUCCAUCAAGAUAUCAUUCAAACUCACAUCUUGACCAGACUCAACGGUCAAUCUCUAGCAAUUGUCGGCUGCACGUCUUUGCUUCUACAAUUCCUUUGCUCCGACGAGAAACUAUGGUCAGAUAUAUGUUCUUCCGAUUGGCCCUCCACCGAUGAACCGUUAGUCAAACAAGCUAUUUCCAACUUCCCCUCCGGCCACCGUUCUUUCUUCUCCGAAUCCUUUCCAUCUCCCUCCAACCGCCUCACCACCACCUCACCACUCCCACAAACCUCCCAAAUCAUCUCCUCCGUGGACAUCAGAUACAACGACGAGCUGAUGUUCUCCAAGGUUGAAUCCACGAACACCACACCGAGCGACUGGUUCCAAACCUUGCCGUUUCGAAUCGACCUACUUGAACCCAAAGAACUCAUCCCAUCAGUGGUGAAGUUUUCCAGUGAUGAUCAGGUAAUGCAAUCGAAUCUUGAAAAGCACAUGACCUUGAGUUGGAUCUUAAUAAACCCAGCCCUGAAUCGGGCUAUGAAUCUAUCCAGCAAGAAACCAGUUUCUGUUCAACGGAACUGGUUAACCGAUGAGAUAGAGUUGAACUUCGCGUUUGUGGCGGUUUCUGGCAUUUCUGUCUAUGAUAACGUCUACGUGAACUGCAACAUAAAGAUCACAUGCGGGGUUAAGCAAACCAGCGGGGAGUUAUACGUGAGUGGGAUGAGUUUAACUGUGCAAAUAUAUGAAAGAAAUCCCUAG